GUGACCUUAGCGUCGGCUCUCAAAAGUAUUGGCGCCCGAUCCAAAUUUUGCCACAGCAAGCACCACUCACAUUUUCUUCAGGAAAUGUCCCUUAAAAUAAUAAAAAGUCUCUCACUAGGCUGUGUGUCGAGAUAAACGUGAAAACAUCUUGAGCUUGUGUUCACCACAGACCUUAUUUCCGGCAUUUAACUCAAAACCCCAUUGACGGAAGUGCUAAUACGCUGACUCGUUUCUGGGUUUCACGACUCAUUCCUGCAGCACUCUGUAAGACGGGCUGUUGUUAUCAAACCAUCGAAGUAGGAUAAGCAGCUUUGGUAAUGAUUCUUUAAAUGAACCGAUUCAGAAUCCUCUUCUUGAAUCGUUUGAGUCGUUCUCACUCGGUCAGGGUUGCACGUGUGGGUUGCUUUUCCUGCACGUGUAAUCAGCACGUGUUCACAGACCGUAAAUCCCGACCCCAUGGUAGACACUCGACAGAAAUUUCAUACUAAAGUAAGUAUUUUAUAUUUUCUGGGUCUAAACAGAGCAGAAGUAUUGCUAACGUGUUGUACAGAUUCUGUUGGACUGGUGAACUGUGUGGAUUUGUAUAUUUAACCCAGUUUAAUAUGGCCUGCUUUGUUCAGUCAGAGACAAGUAAAUCUGUUCUAAUGUUGAUUUAUUUUCCAUAGAUAAAACAAAUUUUUGCUUACACAUGAAUACGUACUUUAUGCCUUCAGAAUGGUGGAGAUUUGUCUCUUGACUAUUUUAAAUUUGGUUCUCUUCAACAGGUUGUGUUCGAGUUGUGCAGGCUUGUCACCUGACUUAAAGAAGGCAUUGUUUGAAGGGCUUGAUCAACACCUCCCACGGCUCCUGCAGUUGUACAACACCGAGAGGCAGUGAAAUACCCGAAAUCCAACAUGUGAUGACCCGCAUUGAUCAAGAGCGUGUCAGCCUUGGAUAUGAGAAUCACGCCAACUCGGAACGAUCCCCUCUCUUUGUGCAGUUCAUCGACUGUGUGUGGCAAAUGAUGAGACAGUUUCCUUCUGCUUCUGAGUUCAAAGAGCUUUUUCUCAUCCCCAUCCUGGAUCGCCCCUACAGCUGCCUGUUUGGUACAUUCCUCUACAGCAGUGAGCAGGAGAGAAUGGAAAAGGAAGUACAGGCUAGAACGGUCACUGUGGUCCUACGUUAACAGUCAGCCGGAGGACUUCACUAACCCGUUCUAUGUGGACUGUAAAAACCAGGUGCUGUAUCCACUGGCCAGUCUCACACAUCUGGAGCUCUGGGUGGGUUAUUAUGUGUGCUGGAACCCACGCAUGAGACCACAGAUGCCGCUCCAUCAGAAUCUGAGAGAGUUAUUGUUUUUGCGUGAAGAACGUGGAGGAGCUCCAGAGAGAGGCCACGUCAUCCUGCUCCAUCUCCUCAUCCUCAGAGCAUACUUCUCCCUCCUCACAUAGUGGUACACCACUUCACACUGCCGUCUAAACACACACACAGUCUUUACUCAAUGAAUACACUCUCAGGCACAAGUAUGGAUUUUAUGAGUAUGAAGCGGGCACACACACACACACACACACAUUCCUGUUUGCAAUUUUUUUUAACUAUAGAGAAGUAACCUAGUGUCACAUUUUAUAAAUCCUUAAUACUUAAAAAUGGAUCUUGGAAUGAUAGUCAGCAUGUCUGCAGCAUGAAUUCACAGUAUUUACGAUCUAGUAUUUGACCUGUAAAUAUGUAAAAAAGAGAAGUAUUAAUAUAUUUGUCCUUACACGUCAUGUUCAUCUUUCCCUGUGGCCUCAUUUGCUCCUCUGUGCCAACUCCCUUUCAUAUUUUAACAUUUCAAUACAGUUUUUAGCUACUUGAAGGUUUUUGUUUGUUUUUUCCUCCCAAAGUGAAUCAUCCAUCUAUUUUUGUAUUUUAUUAGUUACUUUCCAUUUUAUGUCCGCUCUGUCAUCACACUGAAGCGUGAUAGUUAUGUCAGUAUUAUUCAUUUCUCACAGACCUGCCUUUCACCUUGCUAAUAUAUGGAAGCACUGAAUAAACGGUCAAUUUGUCAUGUUUCUGUAUGAAGGUGUUAAAAUGUUGAGUUGUACGGCCUUUCCUGCCUCGUGGACUUUUCACCGGUAUCGUUUGAAUAAAUCAAACUGGUAAUGAAAAGUGUCGUUACUGAUAGGGAAGCAAAACCGAGACAAAGAUCUGAAUGUGAAAAUCCAUUGAAUUUGGAAAUGAAAUUUCGACACCAUUGAAUUAAUAGAAUCCGUGUAUCAUAUCAUUCGUUCUUUUCAUAUUCAAUUAUCCACUUAUCCAAAAAUGGAAAAAUGGCUUGUUAUUUUAUUAUUCAUUUACAGAUCCAAAACGAAACAGAGAGGAAAAAAAAGUUGUUUUCCGUUCUUUCAAUCUCACGCUCAAGUUAAAAAUAAGCGAUUAGAAAACGGGUCAAAUGUCCAGGUUUCAUUUGAACUUUUUUUUUUUUUUUUUUUUUCCGAUUGACUAUGACCCAGAAGUUACUGGUUUCUUCACAUGUUGUGCUGGAUAAAGGUGUUUUUAUUUUGGUUUAUAUGUUUAGUUUUUUGCUGAAGAGCAUGGGGAGAUUCGUACUUUUUAAGGGAGCCAAAUGUGUAACCCUCAAAGAAGACUGCAAAAAUAUUAACUGCAGUUAAACCAGUCAAUAAUCCUUUAUAAUCCUAUAAAUGUUUCUGUAUUUACGCUUUUACAUUUUAGAAAAUGGGCAAAAUCAAGUUUAAAGAGAGGCUGUAAUAAAAAUGCAGUUUUUGGAGUAUCAGGGUCGGCGCAGUGGCUUUGUAGUUAGCUUCUUUGCUUCACACCCCCAGGUUGCACUCUGGUUUCCUCCCCUAGUCCAAAGACAUGCGUUGUAAAUUGUCCGUAGUGUGUGAACAGGUGUAUG